AAGAAAGGCACGCGCGGUCACUCAACUGAGACGAAUUUACCGGGGCAGAGAGUGUAAGAAGAAAUAAGGAUGACGAUGAGUAUCCUCACUGAUUGGAUGCCUUUGGCCCCACUCACUGAUGAGGAAAUAUAUGGCACAGGAGUCAGGAUCAAAGAAGAGCUCAGCGAAGAUAUUUCCAAGGAUACUUGUAUUGAAAUUAAAGAAGAACCGUUUGAUUAUGCAGAUAAAGAGAUAGAUGAGGUGAACUACGAAAAAGUGAAACAUAAAUGUCUCUACUUUCAUAAUCUCGAUGAACUAAAACAUAAAUCAAAUACGAAGAACACGUGUAAGUUGGUUCAGGAUCGUAAUGGUAUGUUGUUAAGAACGCCAUUGAUGGCUGAGAAUUGUCUGAAUAAGAUUUCAUCAGAUGGGGAUCAGGCGAUGCAUAAUGAAAGUCUUAAACAGGAUACACACUCAAAAGAGGGAGUUACAUUGAAAAGUUUUGUAUGUGAACUAUAUGGCAAAAAAAUAUCUCAAAAGAGAAAUAACUUUAAUAUGAGAGUUCACACAAAGGCUUUCUCUCAGAAAAGAAAGGUAGUAAACAACAUGAGAGUACAUACAAAGGAGAAGCUGUUCAGCUGUGAGAUUUGCAGCAAAGCCUUCUCUGUGAAAAGUAAACUAGUAAGGCACAUGAGAGUACAUACAAAGGAGAAGCCAUUCAGCUGUGAGAUUUGCAGCAAGGCCUUCUCUGAGAAAGGUCAUCUAGUAGAGCACAUGAGAGUGCAUACUAAGGAGAAACCAUUCAGCUGUGAGAUUUGCAGCAAAUCCUUCUCUGUGAAAAGUAAACUAGUUAGGCACAUGAGAGUACAUACAAAGGAGAAGCCGUUCACCUGUGAGAUUUGCAGCAAGACCUUCUCUGAGAAAGGUACUCUAGUAAAGCAUAUGAGAGUACAUACAAAGGAGAAGCCAUUCAGCUGUGAGAUUUGUAGUAAGGCCUUCUCUGAGAAAGGUAAUCUAGUAAAGCACACGAGAGUACAUACAAAGGAGAAGCCAUUCAGCUGUGAGAUUUGCAGCAAGGCCUUUUCUGUGAAAGGUAAACUAGUAGGGCACAUGGGAGUACAUACAAAGAAGAAGCCGUUCAGCUGUAAGAUUUGCAAUAAGGCCUUUUCUUUGAAAGAUAAACAAGUAAGGCACAUGAGAAUACAUACAAAGGAGAAGCCAUUCAUCUGUGAGAUUUGCAGCAAGGCCUUCUCUGAGAGAGGUAAACUGGUAAGGCACUUGAGAGUGCAUACAAAGGAGAAGCCAUUCAGCUGUGAGAUUUGCAGCAAGGCCUUUUCUGAGAAAGGUCAUUUAGUAGAGCAUAUGAGAGUACAUACAUGGGAGAAGCCAUUCAGCUGUGAAAUUUGCAGCAAGGCCUUCUCUGUGAAAGGUAAACUAGUAAGGCACAUGGGAGUACAUAUAAAGGAGAAGCCUUUCAGCUAGGAUAUUUUCAACAAGGCUUCUCCAUGAAGAAAUAAUCUACUUAGACAUACGAAAGUACAUACAAAAGGAGAAGCCAUAAAACUGCGAUUUUCAGAAAAGCCUUCUCGGAAAAAAAUAAGACCUAAAGCAGCACAUGAGAGUACAUGUAAAGGAGAAUUUAUACAGCUUCCGUCAAGAAAUGAUACUGUAAUACACAAAAAGAGUACUUAAAAAGGACAAGUCAUUCAUGUGUGAGAUUUCAGAAAAAAGCUCCAGGAAUAGUUCCCUAGUGGAACACGAAAGUACAAACAAAAUAGAAGCCAUUCAGAUGAGAAAUUCGCAGCAUUCCCUUCACAUUCAAAGGAAAUUUAGUAAUACACGGGAGAGUACAUAACAAAAGAAGUCGUACAAAUGUGGUAAAUUCAUUUGAGUCAGCACAAACGAAAAGCCAUACAGCAUUUCCUUUGAAAACUUCUCAUAGAAAAUUUAUACAGUUAUAGAUAUGAAAAGUCCUAUAAAGGAAAUGUUAUAUAGAAGUGAUAUUUGCAAUAAGAUAUCCUCUCUGAAAAAUCUAUUAGUAAGGCAUGUCAAAGUACAUACAAAAGAGAAGCCAUAUAGCUGUCAUAAGAGAGUACAUACAAAGGAGAAGCAUCCAGCUGUGACAUUUGCUAAAAGAGCUCACAGAGAAGCAAUUUAGUGAUACAUAUGAGCGUAUGAGAGUUAAUAAAAAAAAAAAUAAAAAAAAUGUCAUAUAGAUGUUAUAUUUACAAUAGGGCGUUCUCUCUGAAAAGGCUAUUAGUGUGACAUUAGAGUACAUACAAGUGAGAAGCAAUAGAGUUGUAAUCCUUGGAACAGGACAUUCUCCCACGUGAGACAUAUAGGAGUACAUGCGAUGAAGUAACCAUACUCCUGUAAUAUUUGCAAUAAGACCUCACAUGAAAUUACUCUUGUGAUCCAUAUAAUAUUACAUACAAAGAAAAACUUGAUACUGUUGGUGAGUAAUAGUCCCAAG